CGCGACUCCUCCCCAAAAAACACUACUUCUCCGAUCCAUUCAAUUCCCUCCGCCGCCGCGACACAGUCCUCCGAUCAUCCUAUAUGGCCAAGGGCGGGAAGCUCACCAAGAUCAAGUCUGUCCUGAAGAAAAUGCAGUCCUUCAAGCUCGGACGAAGCUCCAUCGCCGCCGCCAACACCUCCUCCUCCGACGAUGACAAUGCCUUCGACGGCGGCGCCGUCAAGGACCUCCAUACAGUCUACGUCGGAAAGUCACGGCGCCGCUACCACGUCUCCUCCGACGUCAUGGGAAAUCCUCUCUUCCGAGAGCUCGUCGAUCGGCGCUCCGCCGAUGAAGAUUCGGUCACCGUCGGAUGUGAGGUGGUGCUCUUCGAGCACCUCCUCUGGAUGCUCGAAAACGCCGAUCCUCAGCCGGAGUCCUUGGACGAGCUCGUCGAAUUUUACGCUUGUUGACGGCGGCGCGUGGUUAUUAACUGCCACUGAUUGGUAAAAAAAAGGAAGUUAGAGUGAAUUGAUCGUCUGCGGGCAUCCCCACUGUAUACGUGUAUAUUUUUUUUUUAUUAUAUAUUAUAUUUAAUUAUUACUAUUAUUUUUUUUCAAGCCAUGCUAGCUAGUUAUGUAAUGAUUAGCGGUGUAGAUUAUACUUGGAAAAAAUAACGCUGGCGUUAUGGACGGUGAGGAUUAACCCAUUGAAUUAAUGUACACGGCGCUAAUCUAUGAAUGGCUUUAUUGGCCAGUUGGCAUUGUACUAAUCAUAAAUACAUAUAUUUGGAUAUUUGCAAUGGAUCA